AUGGACAACAAGCCGAACAUUCGACACAUAACGCAGAUCCUGCGACUGCUCAUUCGGGACCGUCAUGUCCAGCCGAAUGCUCGCCACUACAAGGCGCUGAUUCUCGCAAACACCGAUAACGAGAGGGGCUCGCCGCAGCUUGUGCGCGGUCUUCUGGACGAAAUGGAGAGUAAUGGCAUCACCGCGGAUUCUGGUACACUCCACGGUGCAUUGCAGGUCCUCGCUGUACAUCCAGACUACCUCCUUCGACAGGAAAUCCUCAACAAGCUCCGAGAUCGGUGGCUCACGCUGAGUCCGGCGGGAUGGCAUUUUGUGGCGGCUGGUCUUCUCCGCGAGAACCAAAUUGAGCUCGCGCUCGAGCAUGUUGCAUUGAUGGAGCGCAAGGAUAUAUUUGUGGAAAAUUGGCUACACAGUAUAAUCGUCUACACGCUCUGUGACCACCGAGAAUUAGAUGAGGUGUACAGCGUGAUGCGUGCGCGUGUUAACCAGGGCCACGACAUGACCCAUCGGCUUUGGAUGCACGUGCUGACCGAGGCAGGGAAACAGGGCCACUACCCCAUGGCACACUACGUGUGGCGACGGAUGGUAGAACUGGGCUACAUGCAUCCGUUGAUUGAAGUCUGUGAUGACGUGUUGAAAAUGGCAGCAAAGGCUGGUGAUACAGAGAUGGCAAACUCUGUGUUCCGUUACCUUCGUGAGAGCGGGAUCCCGCUCGAGCGCACACAGUAUGAAGGACUUGUCGAGACACACGUGGCAGCAGGCGAUCUGCCUGCUGCAUUUGAAGCGCUGUGCACCAUGCACGAAGCACAGAUUUCUCUGGCAGAUAGCUCCACGGAGCCUGUUCUUGCACACAUGAUCCAGAGUAAAGUUGAUCGUCGGGAGGCGUGGCAAAUUCUCAAGCGGUUGAAGAAUGCGAAACGGAGUAUUCCCAUCGACUCUGUGCGUGUCAUCGCGGAUCUCUGUGAACAUGAUGCCCUUGACGAUCCAUCCGUGGUAGAUGACGGCGUUGGAUUCUACAAAGAGCUCUACACGUUAUGUCCCGAAGGCGCCGACGUGCGAGUGUACAACGCGCUAAUUCGGAUGUGCCGAACGGCCCGCAACCGCGAAUCGGGGAUGUUCCUGGUGAAAGAGAUGGCGUCACUUGGAGUGGUACCAAACGGUGUUACCUUCGAAUCUAUCAUUCUGAUGUGUCUGGAUGCGGGGAAUUUCCGAUCCGGUUUCAUGUACUUCCAGGACCUCAUGAAGCGGGACGCUAGACUCAGCCCUGAAACACAGGCGGAAAUCCGUGAGAUCUGUUCCGGGUCUGUGGACGAGUUUGCGAUGCGACUGCAGUAUCACCCCUUCAUUCGCGACGAUGUGCGAAAGCUAGAUGAUGAGCUACAGCAAAAACAGAAGCAAAGGGAAGUGAACGAAAAAGCCGGUCGCCACCCUGUACCCCCGGCGGUUCGUCGGCUGAAUAUGUCAGAUGAGCAGCGACGUGAUUAUAACAAAGAGCGUCGAAAGAAAAAACGACGUCGCCUUGCCAUUGAGCAAACCAUGAGAGAGGAAGGUUGGGAUGAAUGGGAAGCUGGUGGUACCGACAAUGGCUCUGCCAAGUCUGAGUGA